AUGUCAGAUCCCGCCAAAAUAGCCUUCUUAGGCCUUGGAGCCAUGGGCUUCGGCAUGGCCACCAACCUCCUCCACACCUUCCCCCACACCACCGGCUUCGACGUCUGGGCCCCGACGCUCUCGCGCUUCACAGCCGCCGGCGGACACACAGCGCAGACGCCAGUAGAAGCAGUAAAGGGGGCGAAAUACGUAGUCUUUAUGGUUACCAGCGCCGCUCAGAUCCUGUCCUGUUUAUUUGACGAGAGCACGGGGACCAGUGGGGGUAAGGGUAUCAGCGCAGCAACGGCGUUGGAGAAAGGAGCAAUAGUGAUAUUGUGCUCCACGACGCCCCCAGACCACGCGGGCAUCGUGAGGCAGAAGCUAGAUGCGGUGGGCAGGGACGAUGUAGCUGUGAUCGAUGCGCCGGUGUCGGGCGGUACGGUACGGGCUGCUGACGGGACGUUGAGCAUUUUUGCAGCGGGGGCCGAGGCGGAUGUGCGGGCUGCACGACCGGUGUUGGAGGCGAUGGCGGGGAGCAAUCUGUGGGUUAUUGAGGGGGGCUUGGGGGCGGGGACGAAUGUGAAAAUAGUGCAUCAGGUGUUGGCGGGCAUUCAUGUUGUGGUGUCGUGUGAGGCGAUGGGGUUCGCGGCGCGGUUGGGCCUUAAUACGCAGUGGGCUUUUGAGGAGCUGCAGAAGGGUGAGGGUAAUAGUUGGAUGUUUGGGAAUAGGACGCCGCAUAUGCUGGUGGAUGAUAAGAAGAUCUAUUCGGCGUUGAAUAACUUUGUUAAGGAUAUUGGCAUUAUUACUAGUGGUGGGAGGGCAGCGGGCUUGCCUCUAUUUCUUUCUUCAGCUGCGGAACAGGUUUUCGUGACGGGUUUCAGCGCUGGCUAUGGAGCUAAAGACGAUGCUGAAGUCGUCAAGAUAUUUCUUCCCACCGACCAACAAAAUCUGGUCCUGGAGCAGACUUCUUUAGCAACGACAAGUUCAAAGGAUGUUUCGAAGCUAGAACUAGUUGCCAAACUUAUGGCGGCUGUCCAUCUCGUGGCGGCUAUUGAAGCUACGACUCUUGGAGCUAAAGUUGGUCUGCAACCUCAACAACUAUUCGAUAUUUGUGUCGGUGCUGCUGGGACGAGUUUCAUGUACAAGGAUCGUAUUCCCCAGCUACUGAGUGGAAAGUGGACAUCCAAAAAGACUGUUGAUGAAGUUAUCGCUGAAUUGAAAGUAUCAAUCGAGGCAGCCCAACAGCUGAAAUACCCCCUUCCUCUUUCCGGCACAACAUUACAGCUCCUCCAGCUUGCCUCGCUGAGAGGGCUUGGGAAAGAGCCAGACGUGGCUGUUUCUCGGAUAUGGGAUGGCGGUGACGGGCCAUUAUUCCUAGGAUCAAGAGUGUGA